AUGAACACAGGACACAUUUAUGCUUCCUCUGGGCACCCGUUUUGCGGUUUUCAUUCAGGCCAUGGCCAGGAGAGGCAGAGGCACUUUGCCCGAGCCCAUGCUAAUGGGCAGCUUCCAAGGCAGAUGAAUCCAGUCUACCUCCAGCCUGCGGUGAUGUGUGUGGACUCCUAUGGGCCGGCACCCUUCCCUUGCGGAAUCGCUGUGGCACCCUCGCAUGUGGUCGGCCAUGUUAGUGGUGCUGUAGAGGCACCGCCCAUAAAGAUCUUUCAGCAUCCCACAGGCCUGGUGGAGGUACACAGCCAUCAGCCUUCUCCACAUGUGCUGACUGCCAAUCCAUCCAUACCAGGUGCAAGCCACUGGCACUCGACGCCGAUGCCCUUCUGUAUGCAGAAUGCCGGUCUCCAUACCAGCGAGUCCCCUCGGCUGCCUGGAAACAUUGGAGCAUAUUAUACCGACCAGGAGCUCUACUGGCAGCAGGUCUACUGGGAGUGGUACAGGCAGACGUACUAUUCUCACCUGUCCAGCCUGGAGCAAUGGCAUAUGGCCUGCCACCAGAACCACCUGCAGAACAUAGCCAAGCAAAAGCCGCCGACUCCACCACCGCAGCUGCGGAAGAGAAAGAGGAAGGCCUUCUCUGGGGAUGACGGAUCAUUCUCUAACUCCAGCUCAGAGUCGGAGGCACAUGCUGAUGAGGGCCAACCUCCAAGCAAAAGGCCAGGCGAGAACCUUUUCGGUGAGGAGCCACUGGUGUGUGAUGCAGUGGUAACUAAAGAGGGAGAAGCGUUCUUCUCCGACCAAAUCCUAGGCCUGCUGGAGGGGAUUCCUGGCAUUCUGGAUCUGGCUGCAGAGAUGGGCUUCUCGGUCUGA